AUGGCUACGGAAACAUGUCAACAACCAAUUGGACUAGAAAAUAAAAUAUUAGAUAGUGCAUUUAGUGCAAGUAGUAUUGCCAAUAAAAACACACAGCCACACUAUGCAAGAAUUCGUUCAGAAACGAACGGAUGGUGUCCAUCCCGUCCAAUAACACCAGAUACUUAUGAAUAUUUGGAAAUUAAUUUGAUAAACUUAACAGUUAUAACUCUUUUGGAAAUCCAAGGUGGAAAUCAAUUGAAGAAGGAACAAUUUGCUGAUUAUUUUCGAUUAGAGUAUAAGCGUCAUGAAGAUGGAGAAUGGAUUAGAUAUAAGAGUUUUACUGGUCAAGAGAAAUUGAAUGGAAAUAUAAAUAAUUAUAUACCGGCUAUGCGAGAAAUUCUUCCAUUAAUUGUUGCACGAAGAAUACGAAUUAUACCUGUAACCGAUAUAUCGAAAAAAGUUUGCAUUCGUUUAGAAUUAUAUGGUUGUCCGUCGAAAGAUGGUUUGUUAUCAUAUUCAAUGCCUCAAGGAGACAAGAGAGGAUUUAAUAUGUUGUUCAUUGAUAACACCUACGAUGGUAAAAAUUUAAAUGGAACAUUAAUAGACGGUUUGGGUCAAUUAACUGAUGGUGUAUUAGGUACAGAUAAUUAUUUAGCCGAUGGUGGAAUUGGAAAAGUUGGUUAUGAUUGGAUUGGAUGGAAAAAAGGUCCAGAACGUUUAUCAUCCGUUGAUCUAAUAUUUAAUUUUGAUAAUCAAAGAAAUUUUUCAUUGAUCAAAAUUUACACAAAUAAUAUGUUUUCAAAAGAUAUUAGUUUAUUUGACAGUGUAACAAUUGCAACAAGUUUAGAUGGUUUAAAAUUUGAAUCAGAAUUAAUGUAUUAUCCCAUACAUCAAGAUUAUUUAAGUAUGAAAUCAAGAUUUGUCGAAAUUCCAUUGAAAUUUUUAAUUGGAAAAACUCUCAAAAUAACAUUAUUAUUCAAUAAAAAGUGGAUACUAAUCAGUGAAGUUAAAUUUGAAUCAUCUGUCAUUUUAUCAAACACGAUUCGUAAGCCAAAUACUAUUAGACAUUUAUUUCCUAUUGUUGCUGAAGAUAAAUUAUUAAACAAACUUCAACAAUUAAAAUAUUUACUUGUAUCUAUUGUUGCCUUAAUUGUAUCAAUUGUCAUAUUAAUUGUCUUCACUUUACGAUGUACACAAAACUGUAAAAACAAACAAGUGAACAAAAUGAGUACUUAUUUGGGAUAUACGCCAAUUUCAAUCAAAUUUCCACAUAAUAAAAUUGGUUGUUGUUAUAAUAAUAAUACACGAACAUUAUCUUCUGAUGGUAAUUCCACAUGUAGUAUAUCGAAUACAGACGUUAGACAAAAUAGUUCUCCUCAUCAAACUCUCUUGGUAUUAACAACCACAUCAUCAAAUCAUACGCCUAAGAAUACAGUCUAUCAAACGUUAAUAAAUCCAUAUUUGACCGCCACAACCGAUUACGAAAACGAUAAUAUGAUUACAAAUCCAUAUUCUUCAAUUGAUGUGUGUUCAAACGAUAAAGAAGCAACAGAUGAACCAAUAAAUAUUCAAGGACCAUGUGGAAAUUGUACAUAUGAAAUGAAAUCAGAUGCUAAUACAGUCUCAUCACUAUUAGUUGUCAAUGACGAACAACUUAUCGUUGAAGAAAAAUUUGGAUCCGGUACUUUUGGAAUGUUAUAUCGUGGCUACGUUUUUCUUAGACAUCCUGAAGAUACAUUAAAAUCAGUUUUAAUUAAAUCGCUUAGUAAUAAUGCCAAUGAUGAAGCAAAAAAGUGUUACGAGAAAGAAUAUGAAAUACUUAGUCAGAUACAACAUGCAAAUAUUACCAGUUUACUUUGUUAUACAACAAAAAAUAAUUAUCUCGUCAUGGAACAUAGUGAUUUAGGUGAUCUUUAUACAUUUUUAUCCAUCACAUCAAAGGAGAAAAAAAAUUUAUCUACAAAUAUUCGUCUUUUGUUCACAAAUCAAAUAGCAGAUGCUAUGUGUUAUUUGGAAUCUAAAAAUAUUAUUCAUCGUGACUUAAGUGCGAGAAAUUGUCUUAUUUAUCCAGAAUAUGAAUUGAAACUAACAAAUUCAGCUAUGGCAUCUCCUCAAUUUUCAACACACUAUUAUCAGAUUAAUAACAAGUUAUAUCCGUUACGUUGGAUUGCGCCAGAGUCUAUUGCAAAAACUCGAUUUACGUCUCAAUCGGAUGUAUGGGGAUUUGGCAUUUGUUUAUGGGAAAUAAUGACCGAUUGUAGCUGUCUGCCAUAUGCAACAUUGUCAGAUGAAGAAGUAUUGUAUUGCCUAUUGGCCAUGUCAAAGACACCAGCAGUAAAGAAACGCCUACAAUUGUCACGACCAGAAUGUUUGUCUAGAGAAUUACUUGAUCUAAUGUUAGAAUGCUGGCGACCGUAUCAAGAUCGACCAACAUUUAGAGAUAUUCAUAAAUUUUUAAAUAACCGAACAGAUGGAAUGAUGCUAUGA